UCAUCCGGGAGCUCCAGUCCAGGGGCUGGGACAGCUCCCGUCGCUCUUCGUUCCGCCGUACCCUUCUCCACGACAGCGGUCCGGCAUGUUUUCCAGGGCCCAGGUGAGGCGGGUUCUGCAGCGGGUGCCCGGGAAGCAGCGACUCGGCGUCUACAGGUUCCUGCCCUUCUUUUUUGUCCUGGGAGGAACGAUGGAGUGGAUCAUGAUUAAAGUGCGCGUGGGCCAGGAGACCUUCUAUGAUGUCUACCGUAGAAAAGCCUCAGAAAGGCAGUAUCAGAGAAGGCUGGAAGAUGCAUCAGAGACUGAACUUCAGCAGUCAAUAAAGCGAUGAAAAGUGGAUACUGUACAAUAAUGUGGAAUGGAAGAGAUCGUGGGGCAAGAUAAAUGAACCAUCACUAACCAACCAAAGGCCGGUCUUCAUCCAAAGAAGGUGAUGUUGUAUAUAUGGUGGGAUUGGGAGGGAGUCCUCUAUCAUGAGCUCCUUCCAGAAAACAAAACGAUUAAUUCCAACAAGUACUGCCCCCAGUUAGACCGACUGAAAGCAGCACUCGACGAAAAGCAUCCGGAAUUAGUCAACAGAAAACGCAUAAUCUUCCAUCAGGAUAACGCAAGACCGCACGUUUCAAUGACCAGGCAAAAAACUGUUAACAGCUUGGCUGGGAAAUUCUAAUUCAUCCGUUGUAUUCACCAGAUAUUGCACCUGCGUAUUUCCAUUUAUUUCGGUCUCUACAAAAUUCUCUUCAUGGAAAUAAUGUUAAUUCUCUGGAAGACUGUAAAAGGCACCUGGAACAGUUCUUUGCUCAAAAAGAUAAAAAGUUUUGGGAAGAUGGAAUUAUGAAGUUGCCUGAAAAAUGGCAGAAUGUGAAUAUGUUGUUCAAUAAAG